AGGGGACGUUACUUGUCAGGAAGGGCUAGCAAGAGCAGACGUUGUCUGCGUUUCAGCUGAAGCGACCAAAAGUCAUUAAAUUCCGUGGAAUAAACCCAACAUUUUUUUCCAUUUGGAUACAGGAUAUUUUUUUGGGGAAGUUUUGGAAUCAAAUAACCGACAAGCGAUACUAAAAAUCCUUCUAGAGAGGAGCUCCAACUUGGUUGAAGCGUUUGACGUUAAUGUACUAAACGAAACGGAAGUAACUUGCCAGCUGUCUGGCUGAGCUUGCGAGUGUCUGAAUGCCAACUCUGUGGGUGAUGGAGUUGAGCAGGCAACUCUGUGGGAAGAUGAGGAGGUCCAGUAGGAGAGCCCAGAUCUCUUCUUCACCUACUGCCACAUGCGGCCUGGAGAUCCACUUUUAUACACCGGAGAUACACCAGCUAGAGUACCUGAAAGGCUGCUACACUGUGGAGGAGAUCUGUGUGGAGGCUGCAAAGAAAUGCUCAAUCUCUCCCUUGUGCCAUAACCUAUUUGGUCUGUACAAUGAGACAACUGGCUUGUGGUACCCUCCCAACUAUGAGAUCAACAUCACAGAGGAAACCAGUAUGAAGUUGCACUAUCGCAUGAGGUUUUAUUUCAGAAACUGGCAUGGCUCCACUGAGGGAGAGUCUCCAGUUUGGAGACACUGCAUCAGUAAACUCAGAGGAGGACAUAGCCCACAGAAAACACCAGAAGGAACACCUUUACUGGAUGCUGCCUCUCUCGACUACCUGUUCGCCCAGGGCCAACAUGACUUUCAAAAAGAUGUGCUUCCGCUGAGGGUGUCUCAUUCAGAGGCAGAACAACACGAGAUAGAAAAUGAGUGUUUGGGCAUGGCCGUGCUUGCUAUCACUCACUAUGCAAUAAACAUGGAUAUGCCCCUUUCAACUGCAUCCCAUGAAAUCAGCUACAAACGUUUCAUCCCAGAAUCACUGAACCGCAACAUUAAGCAGCGCAACUUUCUGACGCGCAUCCGCAUCAACAACGUCUUUAAGAAAUUCCUCAGUGAAUUCAACCGCCGCACAAUCCAGGACAGCAACAUCACCCUGUACGACCUCAAGAUCAAGUACCUGGCCACACUGGAGGGUCUGACCAGCGGCUUGGGCAGCGAGCUGCUUGAACCAAUCUCGCUCAUUGUGACGCAGGAAGGAGAGCUCUGCAAUGGAGGUUACUAUGGGUACUACAACCACAGCCAAGAGCAGAGCCAGAGUAAGAGUCAGAACAUUGAGACAAGCCAUGACAUGCAGGUCCUGGUUACUGGUACUACUGGCAUUUCCUGGAGGAAGAAACCUGUCACAACUCCUGCAAGCUCUAAAGAAAAGGGCAAGUCAAAGAAGACAAAGUUGGAUGGAAAACAGAAAAAUGAAAAGAAAGAGGCGAAUGACGGCUGGGUGGUGUUCUGUGACUUCCAUGAGAUUACACACACUGUCAUCAAAGAAGCAAUGGUCACCAUCUAUAGACAGGACAACAAGAGGAUGGAGUUGCAAAUGGCUUCUAGGAGUGAGGCUCUGUCCUUUACCGCACUUGUGGAUGGGUACUUCAGGCUGACAGUGGAUGCCCACCACUACCUGUGCAAGGAGGUUGCCCCUGCUUCUGUGGUGCACAACAUCAACAACGGCUGCCACGGUCCCAUCUGUACGGAGUAUGCCAUCCACAAGCUGCGUCAGGAGGGCAACGAGGAGGGCACCUACAUCCUGCGCUGGAGCUGCACUGACUACCAGUACAUCAUCAUCACUGUGGUCUGCACUGAGCUUGACCUGAAGGAGUCUCGUCCUGUGCGUCAGUAUAAGAACUUCCAGAUUGAGGUGUGCUCUGAUGGGUUCCGCCUGUACGGCACUGAGACGAUUCGGCCCACUCUCAUGGAGCUGCUGGAGCACCUGCAGGGCCUAAGCCUUUGCACCGACAACCUCCAGUUCCAGUUGCUGCUCUGCUGUCCUCCCCAGCCUAGAGAGGUUUCUAAUCUGCUGGUGGUCACCAAAGAGAGAGCAUCAGUCCCUCAGACACCCAUGCAGGAGAGUCAGCUCAGCUUUCAUCGCAUUCUCAAGGAGGAGAUUGAACAGGAGGAGCAUCUUGGCCGAGGCACAAAAACCAACAUCUACUCGGGCACACUGAGGGUGAAGAGUGAGGAGGAGGAGGAUGCAGGUUACUCAUCCUUCCAGGAGGUCAAGGUGGUCCUGAAGGUGCUGGGUUCUGGACACAGGGACAUCUCCUUGGCGUUCUUUGAAACGGCCAGUAUGAUGCGGCAAGUGUCCCAUAAACACAUAGUGCUGCUGUAUGGAGUGUGUGUCCGCCACCAGGAGAAUAUCAUGGUUGAGGAGUUUGUCCAGCUAGGACCACUGGACUUAUUUAUGAGGAGACAACAGAGCCCACUCAGCACACCAUGGAAGUUCCAGGUGGCCAAGCAGCUGGCCUCAGCUCUCAGCUACUUGGAGGACAAAAAGCUGGUCCACGGCUUUGUGUGUGCUAAAAACAUCUUGCUGGCCAGGGACGGACUGGGCACAGAUGAAGGAGGGCCCUUCAUCAAGCUCAGCGACCCAGGAAUACCAAUCACUGUACUCACCAGAGAGGAGUGUGUGCAUCGCAUCCCAUGGAUUGCUCCGGAGUGUGUCAAGAGUGUGUCUUCCCUGAGUGUUGCAGCUGACAAGUGGGGCUUUGGUACCACCCUGUGGGAGAUCUGCUAUGAUGGAGGGGUCCCCCUCAAAGACAAGAAACUCACAGAGAAGGAGAGGUUUUAUGAAACAGAGUGCCAACUGGCCACCCCAGACUGCAUAGAGCUGGCUGAACUGAUGACCCACUGCAUGAACUACGACCCCAAGAAGAGACCUUUCUUCAGGGCUAUCGUCAGAGACAUAGACAUGCUAGAGGAAAAGAACCCACUUAUCAAACCCAAGCCCACACCAGAGGUGGACCCAACUGUGUUUGAAAAGAGAUUCUUGAUGAGGGUCCGAGAUCUGGGAGAGGGCCACUUUGGUAAGGUGGAGCUGUGUCGCUAUGAUCCUCGGGGAGAUAGAACUGGUGAGCUGGUGGCAGUGAAGUCCCUGAAACCCGAGAACCGGGAGGAGCAGAGCACCAACCUCUCGCGUGAGAUUGACAUCCUGAAGGCACUCUACCAUGAAAACAUUGUCAAAUACAAGGGCAUUUGCCAAGAGGACGGUGGUCAGGCCAUUAAACUUAUCAUGGAGUAUGUUCCCCUGGGAAGUUUGAAGGAGUAUCUACCCAGAAACAAAAACAAGACUGACCUCAGCACCCUGCUCAGCUACUCCAUCCAGAUAUGCAAGGGAAUGGACUAUCUAGGAUCUCAAAAUUACAUUCACCGGGACCUGGCUGCCCGAAAUGUGCUGGUGGAGAACGAGAGGACAGUGAAGAUUGGAGAUUUUGGACUCACCAAAUGCAUCAAGGACAAUGAGGGAUAUUACACUGUCAAAGAUGAAAAUGACAGCCCUGUUUUCUGGUAUGCUCCAGAGUGUCUGACUCACUGUAAGUUCUACCUGGCCUCAGAUGUUUGGUCCUUUGGGGUGACAAUGUAUGAACUCAUCACCUACUGUGACUCCACCAAGAGCCCGAUGACGCUCUUCUUCGGUAUGAUCGGUCGAAGUCACGGUCAGAUGACUAUCAUCCGAUUGGUGAAGGCGUUGACAGAAGGGAGGAGGUUGCCACGUCCUGAUGGCUGUCCUGAGCAUUUGUAUGAGCUGAUGCGCAGGUGCUGGGAGACCGCGCCGGAAAGGAGAAUCACCUUUAAGCGCCUGGUUGAGGAGCUGACCGUCCUGCAGCAACAGCAGAAACCACAAAGUGACCUUUAAAUGUCAAACUGUUUGAGGCUCUGGGAGUGAAGUUGACUUUGCGUACAGACUGGGGACCGAAUGCAAAACUGGCCCUAGAUCAGCUCCUGGUUGUCCAACUUCAUCGCAUCGAGAACUCCUGAAGGAUCAGUGCUUCACACAAAGCCACAGUCUUUCAUACACUCAUAUAAACCUUCCACAACUAUUAAGACUUUUAGUGGUAAUCAGCUAUCCUUUAGUCUGCCAUAUUUUAAGUUUUAUUUGAUGCGCUCAUGUUAUAUUUUUCUGUUGCUUCCUAAUUUGAGUCGAAGUUUGACUAAAGUCAAUUCUGUCAAAUGUUGUAGCCUUACGAAGGACUUCCAGGUGUAUCUAACGUAUUUAGCUGUCGGCAUUGGGAGAAAUAUCAAACUCACGUGCACUUGUCGGCCUUAUGAUUAUGUAGACUGAUAUCACUGUCACUGAUGGAAGCUUCAAAGACAGAAACCCGAGACCCGCAGAAAAAGGACCUGUUUUACGCUCCCUUUCACACAGUUAAAUGGUUGUGUGGCAGUCUUCUUUGUGACGAGUGGCUCACUGAUGAAUCUAUGGAUGUGAUAAAGAAGAUGGGAUUGGGCAUUAACACAGAUACUGAAGAUCUGCUGUCUGGUUCAUGGACUGUGUUUGGGAGAGAAAUCGCCUGAUUUGUGUUUCUUUUACUUUGAGAACCAUGGAAUGAUCUCUGUCUAUUCUGUUCAUGAUGUGCAGAUGUCAGCAAUGUCCUCUUACUGCAUUGUUGACAUGGGUUUUAGAGUCUGAUAAUGGUUUAAUUAUUUAGGUCAUUUUUUCUGCUUUUCUUUGGAUUAGACCAUUGUUUAAGGCUUAAGGAAAGUAUGACAGGCAUUUGGCACUAUUUUCAUAUAUUUAUAGAUCAGUUAAUCAAGAAAAUAAUCCAAUAGAUAUAGCCAUAAUGAAAUGUAUCAUUAUUUACAGCCUGCAUUGGUUAAAGGUUUAAUAAAUGCCUAUCUUACCCAUAGUAAGCAGACAACAAUGAGAAUCCUUUCUCUGUGAACGAGCUGUUUGAGCUGCAUCUGCACAGGAAUGGGAAAGCUAUGUGUUUUUCUUCUAUGGGUUAUGGCUCUGUAAUCAUGUUUCAUAUAGCUUCAUGCUCUUCAAACCACCAGGAAUGGACCAAACAAAAAAAGAACUGGUUCACGGUGUUAAAUCCAAACUUGGGAUUUGCAAAGUCCUCUGAUUGUUUCAUGUGGUUCUGUUUAUAAUCUCAAAUUUAGUUUGGUUUCAUUAAAUAAUGUGACAGAUCUUUUGUGCCAGAUUAAUCACUCCUAAAUCCUCAAAUAUUCAGCACUUGUUAAACAUGUUCCUUAAGAAUGGAGAGAUUAUGAUACUUGUACUUGUGAGAGACACUUGAGGGCAGUAUCACUUCACUUUUUCUCUCUGUGGUGUAUCUCCAGUUCAAAUUUGUAAAGCUACAAAUAUUUUAUGAAAUGUCUUGUGUGUAUGGUAUUAUACAUGUAUGCAUACCAUAAUAUUGCAAAAAAAAAGACAAUUGCCAUUGUUGCAGGUUGUUAAUGGAAGGACCUGGUACACAAGGUUUUAAGUGAGAAAGAUUCACAUGGCAUUUUGUUAUUUGUUUUCAAAAAUAUUACUUUCAGCGUCAUGAAACCUUGUAUAAUUAUGUUUUUGCAUUUUUUUUUUUUGUAUCAGUUACUUUUUAAUUCUCCAAUAUUCCAGACAUUUUUAAAAGUAUAUUUUAUCUGUAUGUGUAUGUGAAAGGGUUUGAUCAGAGGGUUCUUUCUGUUUUAAAUCCAUCAGUAGACGUGAGCUGUGUAGCUCAGUCAUUUAUUAUCGUCACUUCGAAAUGGUCAGUUCCAUGUAAUGCAACUGUAUGGUGUUUACUGUGAACGCUGACAGAAAAGGCAAAAAAUAGAGACUGUCAAGAAGACAAA